AUGUAUCGGUCGAUUCGAACUGCUGGCCAUGGCCUGAAGUGGACGGCCCCCCGAUGGGUUCGAGAAUGCCGUCGCGGCAUUGUCACAGAUGCCGAUGUGACUCAGUCCCGCGACUACUGUCUAAACCAGCUCAAACAUAGCGAUUAUGAGACCUACAUGAUACGGCAGUUUGUUCCGCGGUCAGCAAACGAUGCAUACCAUGCGCUCCGGACACUCAAUCUCGAGCUUGCUCGGCUUCCCGAAACCGUCUCCAACCCCACCAUCGGCCGACUGCGCAUCCAGUUCUGGCGUGACACAAUCGAGAGGGUCUUUGCUGGAAGCCCGCCUCGAGAACCUAUCGCCAUCUUGUUGCACAGUGCUAUUGCGCAAUUGAAAUCCAGGGCUGGGGAUGGAAGUGCCAGCUCUCUCAAAUUCUGGCUGCUGAGGUUUCUCAAAACAAGGGAACGGCACAUGGAGAACAGGCCCUUCGUCAGUUUGGCCGCUCUGGAGGACUAUUCCGAGAACACCUACGCGACCUUGAUGUACAUGACGCUGGCUUUCAUGCCCAUGCGGUCUGUCCACAUGGAUCACCUCGCCAGCCAUAUUGGCAAAGCUUGCGGCAUUGUCGCGACACUACGGGGAAUUCCAGUGCUCGCGGCACCUUCAACGCCCAUCCAGGUUCCCUCAGGGGCCAAUCUCAGGAGCACCCGAAGCCCGGCGCUUCUGCUUCCCCUGGAUGUCAUGGCGGAUGCGGGCUUGAAAGAGGAAGAUGUCUUUCGAAUGGGUCCUAACGCUGAGGGACUUCAGGAUGCUGUUUUCCACGUCGCCACGCGUGCCAAUGAUCAUCUUAUUACAGCCCGGGAGAUGCUCAAGAACCUGAGGUUGGGAAAAGGGCCUGAUCACGACUAUGAACACGAAGGUGAAGCCGAACAUGUGUAUUCAUCUGCUGCACACAACGUCGAGACUGCUGGUUCCGAUAUCAAGCGUGGGUUUGGUGUGUUGCUGGAGGCUGUUGCAGCCGGGGAUUAUCUGAAGCGUUUGGAAAACGCCAACUUUGACCCCUUCAAGGUAAAGAAAAGUUGGAAGCUUCCCUGGUCGUUAUGGCAGGCGCUUAGGCAUGAGCAAAUUUGA